ACAUAUAUUUAUAUUACAGGCUCCAGGUAGCCCCUCGACCUAUGACCACAAUUGGCCCCAAAAUUGCUGUUGCUUUCUGUGACACAGUUGCAGUUUGCCUCGUUUUAUACAACCUACCUUGCCGCACAUCGCUAAGUGAACCGCUUCAGUUGUUAAGUCAGGAACAGUUUUUAAGUGAAUCCGCCUUCCCAAUUGACUUUGCUUGGGACUUUGCUUUCUGUGAGCGUACUCAGGGAAAGAAGGAAGGAUGUUUCCCCAUGCCCCAUAGGACGGGCAGCCCUGUUGGGAGGUAGCAGGUGAUAUCUGUUUUUGCAUGCUGUGUUUGAACGUUGUAAUUGUCUUGCUUUAGCUGUUUGUAGACCUAUUGUCCAUGUUUCAUGCCAUUGGAGCUGUGAAUUUGGUACAAUUUUAACGUGGUACAAAAAGUUACCUGUUUGUAUGUGUUCAAUUGGCUAAUGUAUUUUAUUGGAUGAUUGUUCAAAAGCCAUUUGGAAAUCAAUAUUAUCUGUUGUAUCAGACUGUCAGCGCAUCUUUAUUUCUCUCAGAAAAUUAUAAACGGUUGGGGAGAAAGUACCCCAUGUAGAAUUGAUGUUAACAGAAUAUAAUGAGGAACGUUACCCAGAUGCAUAGUGUUAAUUUGCAGAAAGCUGUAAAUUAGCCAAAUAUAAGAAUCAUUAAUAAAAUGUAUUUCCAAACGUGGCUAUGGCUUUGGAUUUGCUGAAAAUUAAAAGGUAUAAUCCAAGCAAGAAUCAGUCUCAUCUCUAAUUUGCAAUAUCAACAAGUAGAUGGCAUUGUAGGACUAUCAUAAGGCACUGUCAGUCAUCAUUUCCUCAUUCUCCUGUAGUAUCAAUAUAAUACUCCACAGUAAUAUUGAAUAAUUUUUAAAGUUUUAGAAGGAACAAUUAAGGUUUUCAUUUUAAAAAAAUUACAAACUCCUGGUUUUAUGACUGGCUGUUCUUUAAUGACUGAAAAUGUUUUUGUUUAAAAAAAGUUAAAAUGAAGUUUUUAUAGAGAGCCCACUCUGAGGAAAGAAUAAGUUCAGCAGAAACAGUAUUAACAGAUUCUACAUUUACAAAAUGAAUCAUGACUUUUUAAAAAAUUCUUGUCUAUCAGUACUUGUAUUUCAUAUUAGUUUUGACUGCAAUACGCUGUACUGCUUUUGAUGAUGGAAGCUGGUUUGAUUGUUCAAAUUUCACCUUAACAUUUUGAGUUAAAUUUCUGCUGUUAAGUUAACCUGGGAUUUCUUUGAAAGUGAAAAAUGGGAACUUGGUCAGCGCCAAGGAAAUAUUGCAUCAUUCACUAGACUUAGACUUAGAAUAACUUUAUUGUCACUUUGAAUGUACAUUAAUUGGCAUACAUUAAAAUGAAAUUAUGUUGCAUUCAGCUCUCAAAGGGUCACUAAUCUUCAUUAUCUAAUUUUUCUCCCUGUUUAGCAGUUGGAGAACAUAGUAGGGAUAAUCUCUGGACAGUGAUCUGGAUUCCAGAGCUGGGAAAAAUCGGUAAUGUUUCGAUAUAGCAUUUUAAAAAAUCACGGAUCUAUACAGUAGAGUACCUUAGGUCUGAAAUAUCAUCUGGUAUUCAUACAAAACAUUUUGGACACCUGGAAAUUCCAUAUGUAAUUGGUACCACUAUGGUCAUAUGUGUGGCAAACCAGUGGUUGCAUGCAAGGUGCUUGGUAGAGCAUACAGUAUUCCCCACUUAGCCAUUUUUUGGUUAUGCAUGAAAUGAACACAGCCUUAGAUUUAUUGACUAUUCCUUUAAUGUGAUAUACUAUUACCAGUAGUAAUGCUUCUCUGGAUUCUGUGAAAGAAAAAUAGGACAAUCUUUGCAGGAAAAGAAUUAGUUUGACAUUUAUCACUCAAGUUUUAUAUCAGGACUCAAAACAGAGACAAAGUAAAAUCAAUGCAUUUCAAUACCCCAAUAUAACUUAUGGCAGAUCCGAAACUGACUUGUUUCAGAAAAAUAGAACUUUAAAAGCACUAUUAAGUAAGAAAUACACCAAUACAUAAACCAUACUUGUUAGACUCUUUCCGGAUCUGUAAUGAGCAAUCUAACUGAACUUGCUGGAAAGAUUGUAUUUACUUGCAUUGAUUAUCCCUGGCAGCUUUCUUUUUUCAUUGUCUCGUUUUUUUAAUAAGCAUUCCUUCUUUCAUAAGCCAAAGCUAAAUUUUCUGGAUAAUCUAUACAUUAUUUCCUAAAGUAUUUCUAUCUGUUAUUUUUAUUUAGCAUGGCUUCUCUACUAUGCACCCUGAGUACACACACUCAUAUAUUACUAAAUUGAUAAGAUGUGUGCAAUAGUACAGUGCUUGCAAACUCAAAAAUAUAGUUUAAUAGUACUGUAUGAUGUUAGUAAAAAUGGGGUAAGACUGGAUUUUGUUUGCAAGUAAGUCCAAAAUGUGCCAAAAUUGACUUGUACUCUAGCAAGUGAUGUUGUAUAUAGCAAAUACACUGUGUGUGCAAUUACUAGGCAAGUGUGUAUUUUGACCAUAUCAUCAUUUUAUGCAUAUUUUCCACCUCCAAGCUAUAUAAACUUGAAUGCUUAGUGGAUAUAAACAUAUCAGGUGAUGUGUAUUUGUGUAAUGAGGGAUGGUGUGGCCUAAGGAAAUCAAUAACUUAUAUCAAGGUAUGCAAAAUCAUUAGACAGCUUCUUUUCCUCAGGCAAAAUGAGCCAAAAAAGAGAUUUAACUGACUCUGAAAAGUCAAACAUUGUAAAAAGUCUUUCCGAGGGAUGUAGCACUCUAGAAAUUGCUAAGAUAUUGGGGUGUGAUCACCGAACCAUUAAAUAUUUUGUUGCAAAUAGUCAACAGGGUCACAAGAAAUGUGUUGAGAAAAAAAAGACACAAAUGAACUGUUAAAUAUUUGAGAAGAAUCAAACGUGAAGCUACCAGGAACCCAUUAUUCUCCAAUGCUGUCAUGUUACAGAACUGCAAUCUGCCUGGAGUGCUCAGAAGUACAAGGUGUUCAGUGCUCAGAGACAUGGCCGAGGUGAAGCAACAGAAUGUGUAGCAAAAAAGCAAGUGAAUUUCCUUUAUACAAUCCAAAGUUCUCUCAAAACAGGAAUUCCGUCAGAGAUUUAACAAUAGCAUGGAAUUCUGUUUCACAAGCAAAGGCAACAUUGCAGCAUAUUGAGAACAAAUUGGAAGCAGAUCUUAUUAGCACAGCCGGAUUGGAUACUGUCAUGGAAAAAAAGCCAUCAAUUAGUACUACCAGGAAAAUAAGCAGGAAAGGUUGCAGGUCUUCCAGUCAAAACAAGGAAAGUUCCUCCCGCAGGCCUCUUCGUGCUACCACUUUGGAUAGCAAUGUGAGUAAGAAUGGACAUGUCGAACUUCAUCAGCCCCUGUCUUCCUUCAGAGAUUCUCGGUGGUCACCAUCUUAUAAAACCUCUUGCCAAUUGGAGGCCAGACGUCUGAAGUAUAAAGAAACAGGGAAUAAAGCUGAAAGAAGUGGCAUGAUCUAUGACAAAGGAGAAUCAGAUUUGCAUGGCAGAGAUUUGAAAGGGUCAUUUUCUACAGAUGAAACUAUUGUUCGCUAUUUGAAUGACCAUCCAGCAAUUAAUGCUUUGCAAAAUUCAGAUGUGGUGAAUCAUACAAAAUUAGAAGAAAAAAGUGAAGAAUCCAGAGGAGAUGAGUAUACAAAAACAUCCUCAAGUUCGAUAAUCCAAAAUGAACUAAAAGAAUUUCCAUUGGUAGAAUCUUCAGCUUCUUCUGCCAGUACCUCAAGUGCCCAUCGAUUAGAUAUUUUAAAGCAGCAUCAGCAUGAUGAUAAACUGGAAAAACUAAAAGAACAAAUUAGAAAGCAAUGGGAGUUUUCAGAGGAACUGAUUGCCAGAGGAUACAAUCCUGAACAUUCUGAUCAUCCUAUAACUAUUACAGCUCCUGAAAAUAUAGUGACUCCUAAAAUCAGAAAAGUGGCAACAGCACCCAUGGCUCCCUCCUAUAAAGGUUUCAAUCCAUCAGAAGCCAAGAUUCGUACUCCUGAUGGAAAGGUAUGGUGUGAGGAGGAAUUUCUGAACCUCAAUAGAGAUUUAUGUCAAGAUUUUGAAUUCCAGUUGGCAGAAGAGGAUUUGACAGCAAUAAAGACACCAACUGAAAGAAAAGAAAAAAAAGGACACAAAACAGUGCGUAAAACUCAGAAGAUUGCACAACUCUCAAGCCCUAAAUCAGGUGUUGCCAACGCAGUAAGUACAACAUCCUGGCGGGAUGGACAGAGACUAGCAAAGAAACUACUGGGUCCAGUGUCUAAACCAGAGCAGCCAAACACUCAGCUGUUGUCUAGUGGCAGGAAUGAAAAAGAUAAAUCUAUUAAAUCUGCUCAAAUAACAGAAACUGACUGCAAUAUGCCUGUGGCUGAAAAAUCCCUCACAAUACAUCCUGAGCGUUCAUGGAGCAAAAUAAGAGCAAAGAAUGACCUGAAGGGAAAAGAUGCUGCUCCUCACAAUGAGGGACUGAGAGAUGAUCAUGUCAAUAAGGAUUUCUUGCCAGUAGAAAUCCGUGGGCUUCUUGAUGAUCUGCAAUUGGAUUCUGUCGCUCAGAAUUUAGAGAUGAGGAAUGGAAUAUGUCAAAGCCAGGAAUCAGAACCACGUCCCUUUUCUAGAAGUCACAGUCCAAGCAAAAAGAAAUCAGACAGAGUUCCCAUCAGCGAAGACACUCAGUUUAUCUUAAAGAAACGCCACUAUGAUGCAAAGGAAGUACGCCAGUACAUUGUGAGACAACAAGAGGAAAGGAAGAGGAGACGAAGUGAAGAAAAGAAAGCGCAGAGGGAGGCAACGCAGCAAAAAAAUAAGAGACUCCAGGAACUUUAUAAGAAACAAAAAGAAGCCGUUGCCAAUAAAACAAAGACAACGUCAUCAUCUGAAACGGUCACUAGACAAUUACAAGAAACUUAUUCUAAAUUGUUCAUGGAACAAACAUUGCUGGAGAAUGCGGGACUCUCUGUUCAAGAAGUUCAGUCCAAACCUGGAUAUCAACCAUCUGGAGAAUCUGAUAAAGAGAACAAGGUUCUGGAGCGUCCUGUUAGUGCAUCAUCCAGUAGCGAUAUGUCUCUCUCUGAGCCUCCUCAUUCUCUUGUAAGGGAUAGUACACUGGAGCCUUUAAGGAUUCAUCCAGGGAAGCUGAGUUCAACAGCACAGGUUCCUUGCUCAAAAUCUGUUUUGAAUGGAGCUCUCUUCUCUGAGCUUUUGUCUUUGGAUAACGUGGAUGUCUUGCAGAAGGAUUUUGAAUCAUCAAGCAGAAGGAGCCAUAACACAGCUGUCGGAUCCAUGUCUUCAACUCCUCAGCCAUUUACGUCCUCUACUGUACAACCCACCAUUAAUCAUUAUAAAAAUAGAUUGGACCGAAUUGAAGCCCUAAAGGCAACUGCAGCCUCUCUUUCAAAUAGAAUUGAAAGUGAAGCCAAAAAAAUAGGUGGGCCUGGCAUUAACUAUGAACCAGCAUGCGAUACUGGACAUGACUUGUUGCAAAGGGAUCAAGGCGAUGAUACCUGCUGGGUGAAAGCCAGCAGCUCUCCUGUGAGAGAAGAUGAUGUCUUUUCAGCUACGCUUCAGAAAAUGUUGGCAACCUGCAAUUCACAUACAACUUUUGAUGGUAACCUUCCUGGAAUGGAAAAUUUUAAUGAGUUUAAAACGCUCCCAAAGUCUAUUAGUCCUUAUACAGUUGCUCUCGGUCUUCCAGGCAAUAAUAUAUCUGAAGGAAUAUUAGGAAAUCUGUCUCAAAAGCAAACAUGCUCUGCUGAAAAUAAACCUGAAGUUCUGAAUGGUAGUGUGGGCUCCAUAAGUGAUGGUCUUCUCUCUGAGGAAGAAGGUGAAAAGCCUAAUAAUCCAUCUUUGACGGUUGCUGAGGCAUUAAACGAAAACGAGUUCUGCAUUGCAGAUGUAACUGGUUUUGAAGCUCUAAAAGAAUUCCAGAAGGAGGCAGAAAAUUAUUUACCUAUUUUAACAGACAUUAGGAGUGCUUCAAAAAAACCAUGGGAAGAACUUGCCAAGGGAAGUCCACAUAGCGUAAUAAACAUCUUUGCAAAAUCUUACCAGAUGUCUGGGAAAGAAUGUGCAGGACAGGGAACAUCAACACAUCAAUCUUUACUUCCUGCCGUGAGCCCUCCAGGUAGUAUUGCUUCCUAUGAAGAUGAUUUCAUCUCAUCACAAAGUAGUGGUACAUCAGGGGACAAAAAGUCUACACCUGAGCACAGCGCCACAUGUAGCCCCAGCCUGAAAGGAGAGCUUGCCAGUAAAAAAUUGCCUUAUGAACACCAAACUAUGGAACUAACCCAUCAUUCCUCAGGACCAUCAUCUUCAGGUUCUUCUCGUGGAUCUGCAUCUUCUAAGAGAAGGGGAAGAAAAAACAAAAAAUACAUUACAGAGACAGAAUCAAAUGGAUUUCGAAAUGCCUCUCUCUGGGAAAAAAGCAAAGCAUCUAUAGGAUCAGACUAUGAUUUGGAACAAGCAAAACACUUACUAUCUAAUAAUACAGUGUCUAACAGAGAACAAGAAGUGAACGCAGAUUCUGACGGUACUUUAGAGGAACUAUCUGGUCACUCAUUAAUGAGUCUCCCAGAUAAAAUUAGAUCAUCAAUUGCAAUAAGCUCUCCUCAGCCUCCAAACAUACAGAAGAAAAUGGAUCCUGAAGGAAAUACAGCAGAAAAACAUAGAUCUUUAAAAUCUUCCAGAAACGUAACUUCUGCAUCCAAGCUAAAUCCUGCCUUCUCUGACUUAAGUAUUGGAAACAACAGGACUGGAGACAAUAUUCCGAACGGUUCCAUGCGCUUCUCACCUGCUGGUCUCCAUCACCGUAUGUCUAUAGAACUUAACUACCUAAGCGCUAUUGAAGAGUCGGUACACCAAAUCUCUGAUAUAGAACGUGUGCGAGGGAUAACACUUGCACAGCAGGAAACUGUUUCUCUGGCUAUAAUAUUAAAUUCCCAGCAGCAGAGGCAUGAGAGGGACUUGGCUCUUCUAAAGCUUAAGGCAGAGCAAGAGAUGUUGGAAAAUCAAAGGACUCUGGAAGAAGAAAAACAAAAAUCAGCUCAGGCCCAUGCCGAAUCAUUACAUCAGUUGGCACAAUCACAUCAGGAGGCAGCUGAGACUCUACAGGAGACCACAUCUAAGAUUGCAACUCAACAGCUGGAGACAGCCUUGUUGACUGCAGAUACUGCUCGUCAGAUACGUGAAAUGACAGAACUUACGCAUUUCCAGAUCUCUGAUGAAGUUGGUACUACUGCAGCUCCAGUUACUACAUUAUUUGACCAAGAACGGAAGCACAGUUCCGCAUUCACAAAGCAAUUAAAGCUUUACAAUAGGAACAGAAAAGCAGAUUCAGUCGCCACGCCAUCAGAUAGAGAGGAGAUAAAUGACUCAAAACAUAAUUAUUUGAAUACAUUUGAUAGCUAUUCCGAAUCAUCAAGAUCAAAGACACAUGAUCAGAGCAGUAGCAGCAGUCGGCAGGAUAGUCCAUCUUCUAAGGAAACCAAGAAAUCUUCUCAUCGUGAAAAACCAAACAGUUCCAUUGAGGAGGAAGCUCCCAUGGCAAUCAACGAUUCACUGCAGAAUAACAGUAUCCCAUCCAUUCAUGAUGAGAGAGAUUCCACUUCUAUUGCCACAGAAUAUUCCCUAAAGUUUGAUGAGUCUAUGACCGAAGAUGAGAUUGAAGAACAAUCAUUCCGGUCCUUGUUGCCUUCUGAGAGCCACCGCCGGAUCAAUCUGAAGAAACAAAAUCCCCAAGUUUAUUCUGACGAGGAAGCUUCUCCUGGAAAGCAUACCCUGUCACCUAUUAAGGAACUAAACCUGCCGUUUUCAGGAGGGCAAGACAGCUUUUCUAAAUUUACCAUGGAAAUGGUACGUCAGUACAUGAGAGAGGAAGAAAUGAGAGCUGCUCACCAGUCUUCUCUGCUCCGAUUGCGUGAAAAAGCACUUAAAGAGAAGACUAAGGCUGAACUAGCUUGGCUAGAACACCAGAAACGACGUUUACGAGAUAAAGGUGAAGAUGAUAAAAUGCCACCUCUCCGGAAAAAACAACGUGGCCUGCUUCUUAAACUUCAGCAAGAGAAGGCAGAAAUUAAGCGCCUUCAGGAAGCUUAUAAGGCAGCACGGAAAGAAAGGCAUCUUAUUCUUAAACAGCAGGAAGAAAUUAAACGGAUACGCCAGACCACUAUGAAAUUACAGGAAAAACUCAAGUUUGCAGGAGAAAACAAGGAACACCGGAGUGAAGAGGAUAAAAAACAAACACAUUCCUCAAGCCCUCAGCCGUCUGAUGCAGAGGCCUAUAGUCCUUCCUCCAUUUCCAGCUCUGAGACAAGUAGUAUCAUGCAGAAAUUAAAGAAAAUGCGGAGACGAAUGGAUGAGAAGUUCUUAACCAAGCGAGAGCAAAAACUGAUGCAGAGGCGUCAGUACGCGGAGGAGCUGCUGCAGUGGAAGCAACGUUUAGAUGCAGAAGAAGCAGAGAUACGUCAGAUAGAAAAACAAGCACAAGCUGCUUGGGAAAAAGAGCUGCCUAGAAUAAAAGCAAAUAAAAAAGGAGCAGGAGAUCAGAAAUCUGAUCCAAAAGACACAGCCAGUGAAGAAGACUCCCCAAUGCCACCUUGCUCUCAUCUAAAUAGCAAAAGCUCUGUCCCAGAAGAAUUGAGCAAUCUAGUUGUUGAGUCCAUUCCAUCAAAGGUUUCUGAGAUUAAAGAUGAGCCUGGAAGCCUAGAUCACACAAUAACUGAAGAAAUAGUUUAUACAGAAGAACCGAAAUCUUUGGUUUCUACUGGAAAACCUUCUCCUUGCAAAAGCAGUGCAUCUCUAUCAAAGCAAGAGUCAAACAAACAAACACAGAAGUCUUUAGGAAAGCAGUUGUCAUCUACAAAAUCUCAGGAUAUCUCAUAUAGUUGGUCUGAUGAAUCUUUAUCCAUGACCCAAUCAGAAACCACAUCUGAUCAAAGUGACAUUGAAAGUCGAAUCUGGGCUCUGAAAGAUCAAGUGCGGAAAAAAAAGUCUGUUGUUUAUAGACUGAAAAAAGAACAGAAGAAGAGGCUCAAAGAGAAACUUAAAGCUCAAGAGGCAAGUUUGAUCAAACAGUUAGAGACCUAUGAUGAAUUCAUCAAGAAAACGGAAGAAGAAUUGAAUCGGGAUUUGGAGACAACACCAACAGCUAAACCUCAAAUCAAAACUCCAACCUCAGUUCCUGAGAAACCAAAGAUCAAACCCCCACCACUUCACAGGUCUGAAACAUCCAAAAGUUGGAAAUCGCUCACUGAUUCUGAACGUUCUAGAGGAUCUUUGGAAUCUAUUGCAGAACAUAUUGAUGCUGUGUCACAUUUUGAGCAAUCUGUGUCUAUAAACAUCAUGAAAUUCACAGAAGAAGAGAUUCAUGAAGGGAAGCAAUCUCAUACAGCAUCCAGAGUCCUCAAAACCCGAAGAAAAUCUAUAGCAGAAUCCGAUGAUUUGGAUAGUGUACUCUCCUCAUCUAUUCUCAAAGACUUAGAAAACACAAGCAAAAUAUCUCCCAUAUCAAUGAAUAAGCCUGAAGAUGCAGUGAGUUAUGAUUCUCCCGCUAUAGUGCAAGAGACAGCAGAAUCAAAAGAAUUAGAGGUUGAAAUAGUUUCCCAGGCUUAUGAAAUAUCUAAUGCCCCAGUUUUUGAUUUAAAUCAAAACAACUCAAGUCCUUUAAAGAAAGAAGUCCCUCCAGAGACUGAGCUGUUGGAAAAGGAUCAGUUUGUCUUGGAAUGCAAAAGUGUGCAGGAAAUCAAGGAGAUGCCAAGUGAAACGUUCGAGGAUGAUGAAAAUAUUACAUCAGUCAAAUCCACUGAUAGGCUGGGGAAAGAUACACUGAAAGAUGAUUCCCUGGUUUCAGAACAGAUUUCCAUUUGCGAAGAGCAAUCAUAUUCUAGUGAUUUUGAAGAGUCUUCCUUAGGAACAGAUAUAUCAAAAAGUGAGAUAGUUCUUACUGAAUAUCAAAGAGAUAUUUUCCAAGAGCCUACAUUAUCUUUCAGACAAGAUGCAGGAUCACAGGCAGAGAACUCUCUGUACACAAGACCUCCUAGGGGUGAAUCCCCUGGUUUUGGAAGUGAUGAUGAAAUAAGUGAAUGUCUCAGUGAAAAAUCUUUGUCUGUACUUGGUAGCAUUCAAUCAGAAAGAUUGUUGGAACUUCAGUCACCAACAGAAUUUGUGAAAAAUAAAGAAUGUGGUGAUGUGGAGAAAGAACCACAUGAUGAUGAUGAUGAUGAUGAUUCAUCUUGGGCAUCAUCAGGAGAACAAGAAGAUAUUUUACUAGGUUUCAACAUUGGUGACCGAGUUCUUGUGAGUAAUCUCCACCUUGGAACACUGAAAUUUAAAGGUCGGACAAAUUUUGAUACAGGUUUUUGGGCUGGUGUAGAGUUGGACAAACCUGAUGGAUACAAUAAUGGCUCCUUCAAUGAUAUUCAAUAUUUUGACUGUAAAGAAAAGCAUGGUAUUUUUGCCCCUCCACAAAAUUUAUCUCUUUUUUCAGAAAGUGUUGGUAAUAACUUAGAUUCAAAUGAAAAUUCUUUCUUUAAGCGUGAACUUGAUAAUCAACCCAAAACAAAUCAGGGAGGCUUAGACGGUCUUGAAAAAGAAAAGAAUGAAAGAAAUUCAAAUGAGAAAUCUCCAAAAGAAUCAUCGGCCUUAAAAAGUUCAAUUGGAGCUGGAGAUUACAUAAAUAUCAAUAAAUCAAGGAGCUGUGUGAUAGUUAUUUGGUCUGAUGAUGAGUUUGAUCAAGAAACCAGUGACUUUGACUCUCUCAAAUCCUCUAAAAAUGAUAAUGGUAUGUUACCUCCAGCCAUUUCAAACAUCCACAAAGAAAAUUCCGCUGUUGAAGUAGGAGGGAUUUUGGACAACAGCUUUCCUGAGAAAUGGGAGCAGCAGUCUGUUUGGCAAGAGCAAACAGAAAACAGAUUUUCUUCCAGUAAUCUGGAGAAAUCUGCAACACCACUUCUGGACUUGUUGACCAAAGAAAGAAGCCAACUGGAAGCCCAACUUAAAGUCCCAUCCCAAGAAAAGGAAGAUGUACUAGAUCGACAGGAAAGAGUUGGUUUGUUGGCUGACAGUCUCCUGCAAGGUUUUGUGAAAGACACAGUCAAUCAAUUUCAGCAAAUCAAAAAGGCAAGGAAUGAGAAGAUCCAUUUUAGCAGUCAAGAACUCGGUGCUGUCCAAGAAAAGAACUUGGCAUUUAAUGAACAGCAGAGGUUUUUAGUGGCAUCAGAAUUGGAUGAUGGAGAAGAAGUGUCUUCCCCAGAUAUGUGUCCAAGACCAGAAAGCCCUGUAUUUGGUGCCAGUGGACAGGAAGAACUUGCCAAGAGGCUGGCAGAGCUGGAACUUAGUAGGGAGUAUCUAAAUGUGUUAGGAGAUGACCAAGAUUGGUCUGAUGAGGAUUUUGGUUUGAGUUCACAUCAGCUCCCUGAAAACCAAACCGAAGAAUCAGAAGUAUUACCUAAGAUAGAAGUGCCAAAAGUGUCACAAAAGCCAUGUGAAGAACCUUUGGCUGCACUAUACGUUGCAGAAGAAGUGGAGCAGUUGGUGCAUGCAGCAACUGAGAAACUAUGGAAAUGCAAAGAGUUGGGGCAUGAUCUUCGAGCCCUCAGCAGCCACAGAGACAUGAAUGAAUCCUCCCAAGAUGACGACAUUGAAACCAUUAGUAAACAAAUUAGUAAACAGCUUGUGUUUGAUUUAACGAGAGAGAUUUUUGAAGAAAUCUUUUCAGAAGAUCCGAAUUUGAAUCGGCCGUUAUGGAUGAAGCCCAGGAGGAUAAUUUCUGGUUACUAUCGACGAGUUAGAGAUCCAAGAAAUCUUGAAGAAAUAAAAGUCUUUAUAACAGCUGAGGUUUUAAAGCUCUUAAAUUUGAGAAAUGAAUCAAAUAAUAAAACAGACUGGAAAAAAACGAUGAAAUUUGGACGGAAAAAAAAGGAUAGAGUGGAUCAAAUAUUGGUUCAAGAAUUAUAUGAAGAAGAGGCUCAGUGGGUGAACUAUGAUGAAGAUGAGCUGUAUGUGAAGAUGCAGCUAGCAGAUGGGAUUUUUGAGGCCUUAAUUCGAGACACCAUUGAUGUCCUCAAUCAGAUCUAUGAAAAAAAGAAAUUGUUGAUUGUCGAACGUCAAACCAUAUUUUCCCCCCCCCCAAAAUUGACUGGCUGAGAAGUGCUACAUCGUCUCCUCUUCCUGUGCUGCCUUUGGAUCCCCUACAUUGGAUUUGUUCCAAAAAGUCUCCCCCCCCCCCCCCAAAAAAAAAAAAUCCUUUUGCCAAUUCAGUAUGUACAAUAAUACUUGGCGUUUCUUCUUCUUUCGAUAUUGGCAGUCUGAAAAUGGUUGGGAUGGAGCACCAAGAUUACCCAGCGAUGGAAUCUCCAGUUACUAGUAAACGUUCUUCAUUUUAAUAACUGUUCAACUUUUGUUUUAUGUGUAAUUUAUAACUCUUGUUUUCUGACUUAAAAGUGUAUGUCAGUCCAACCGAGUAUCUGUUCCUCAUUCUUACGUAAUUUUAAUCUUUUUGGUCUCAUUGUGGAUUUUCUAUCAUUGGAUUAAUGCAUGCAGGAGUUACGCUCCUUUAUUUUUUUCAACUAAAUUUCUAUUUCCAUUUCUUAAACUGUUAAUCUGGGAUACUUUUUCUACUUUUCCACUAUAUUUGUUUUUUUUUCCUCAGUGAACCACCAGCUGCUCCUAAGUAAAUGGUACUCAGGAUUCUCUCAGGAUUUUAAUAUGUGAGAGAUAGGAAAAAAUGCUUACAUAAUGUGGGCCAGUGAUCCCUUUGAUUCCUCCCUUGCUUACCACCUUACUGUAAUAUACUGGUGAAACCAUUACUUGAACUAGCUAGGGUUAGGAGUGUAUGUACCAAAGAGAGUGAUACUCAGUGUUUGACUCUGGACCUGAUUUUUUUUAUGCUUGUGUCAUUUGUUAUAACUUAUUUUGAAACUCCUAAAAAAUAAUUGCCACGUGCUCUAUGAAUGCACUGUUACAGGAUUUAAAACGUCAGAAUAUCUGUACAUUAGGAAUGCAUCUGUCUCAUAAAAAUGAGGUCUCGUACUAUGUGCAAGAAAUGCAUCAGAGACAAGAGUCUACAAAGAUCUAAAUGUAUGGCUUUUUCCCCCAUGGUGGGGUGGAUUGUGAAGAGGCACAUGUUACAUCAAACUAAUGUACUUGGGAAGGGAAAUAGGAAGUUAGAAGCCCUUUUGCCAAGAUUUGCAUGACUGUUAGAGUGGGCCACUAUUAAACCCAGUUACUGCCUCCAUUCCUCCUCCCCCACCCCCAAGGUUUUCUCCAGGUAAUACAAAAUAUUCUCCCAGUAAGUGGAGACAUCAUCCAGACAUGGGUUAUUCCAGCCAGUAUCCAAUAGGACUGGGUCUACCAAAUUGAUAAGUCACGCCCUCUGUGCUACUCCUCCCAGCUUAGACUCAGUCCGUUCCUUGCAUUGGCUGUGUCUAGUGAUCUCUCCAAUAGGUUUUUGCUAUUAAUUGUAUUUUUUUCUUAAAUUCGUUCUUAUUUGACAUAUUGCUAUUCCAAAUUCCAAAAUUUUCUAAAAUUGUUGAUUGGAGCUUGGUGGGGGGGAGACUGAGAUCGGGACUAGUUCCCUAGCCUCUACGGAGAAUUGGGCUCACAGGUAUAUCCCUUCGGCCACAUUUGCCGCUUUUCUCAACACGCAUUACCUGGCGGUCGUCUUCCUGCCUCCUGCGUUGCUCGCUGUCUUAAGGCUCUGUUUGAUCAUAAGAUUGCCUCCUCGCACUUUCUAGCAGCCUCCUGUCGCCAACAACAACUUGCGCAGCCUCACACUCCGGAAACGCUGCCCUGAGCCGCCAAUAUUGCUGCCUUUGAUCUCUGGCUUUUGCUGUCGGGAUUCAGUGCGCCAAUGUAGCCUUAAACUGACCAGGAGGUCAGCGCGAACUAGCCGGCAUUGCUGGUUUUUAUUUCUUGUCCCUCAGAGGACACGAAGAUUCCGGGCAACCAUCUUGGACACUCAGCAAGUCCGGCGGCCAUUUUGAGUCACCACAACGAGGUCGUGAAUACCAUGUCUGCCAAUGCCUCGGAUGUGGAUGCCCCUGUGUCCCUUCAGGACUCUCCCCCUUCCACUAUACCACCUACGAAUCCCAAGGAGUCCAGUUCAAAGAAGAGGGGUUCUUCGGUGGGGGAGGAUGCUUCCAGGCCUGCCAAGGUUUCUAGGUCCAGCGUAUCUUGGGAGCCGGCCCCUAGUAAGGACCAGAGUGUGGUUUCUUCCUCAGUCUCUCGCAAGGCCAAGACUAAAUCUCGUCAUUGUGAGGUUUCUCCCCAGCCUCCCUUGGUUCCUUCCUCCAGGCCACAAAAUCCCCCUGAGGAUCUUUCCACUGACACACAUAGGGAAAUUUCGACACCUGCCUCCCCACUUCAGCCUGAGGAUGGGGUUGACUUCCCAGUGGAAGAUGGCUCGGAGGAUGAGAGGAGUCUAACUCCCGAGCUGGAGGUUGUUUCACCGAGCCCCAGUGGGCUGCCCUGUUACCCUUCUGAUAUGGUUGAUAUUAUCUCAGCAGCCAUAGAAAGGGUCAUUGCUGCUGGCCUGCAGCAUUGUGCUCCUGUGGUCUCUACUUCAAAGGCUUCCAAAUCUUCCAGGAAGCACAAGGGACAUUCCUCCCUCGCAAAGGGGACUCCUGUUGACUCUCUUUCCCAGGCUUCUGUCUUAGAGGUUGAUGAGCAGGUUUCAAGAGACUCUGACCUCUCAGAUGAUGAGGACCUCACUCCUGCUCCUUCCUCAUUGGUGGGACUGUUUAAACAUGUCUUAUUUCGCUCUCUUCAAGGCAAAAAAGGUGUCCGGCAUCCCUGCCUCCAAGCCCACUUCCAGUAUGGAACAGGACAAAGUUGAUACUACUGACCCUUUCUUUUCCAGGCCUACAGUUGAAAAGGACGUCCCAUCCCCCAAGCUCUUUCUGGAAGUAGUCCAGAAUCAGUGGGUGUCCCAGGGGCUGGGCCUCUCCCCUCUUCCCUGGACAAGCACUUGUAUAAUAUUGGUCCUGAGUUCUCAAAGGUAUUGGAGGUGCCAUCCAUAGACCCCCCCACCUGUGGUUGCUAUCUCUUCUCCAAACACUGCUACAGCGGCUCCGGAGGAUGCCCUCCGACUGGAGGACAAAAGGUUUGAGCAAACCCUGGUCAAGGGUCAUCAGGCCUCAGCAUGGGCAGUGAGGGCGGCUUCUUCUGCCGCCUCCUUCAAGAGGGCUGCUCUACAUUGGCUUAAACAGCUUCAGGACAGGCUCCCACCUUCUGAUAUUAGAUCACACCAAGACAUUAAUAAGCUUAACGCUGCAAUGGCGUAUUCAGCGGAUGCCUCUUUGGAUGCAGCUCGCUUCGCUUCCAAGGCCAUUGCCUUUUCUGUGCCCACCUGCCGUCUCUUGCGGUUGAAGCAAAAAAAGGCGGAUGCCAGAGCAAAAUGGAGGGUCGCCUCUUCUCCCUUUUUUGCUGAGUGUCUCUUUGGGCCUCCUUUUGAGCCUCUUCUGAUUGAGUCCAAAGAUAAAAGGAAGAUUCUGUUUUCGGCUACUCACAAAUCUGAUAAUAAAUCCUCUUUUUGCAGGCAGCCCUUUCGGGGCUCGGCCGGGGGUUUCAGUUACUCCCGUCCGCAAUGUCAGGCGUCCCCCCAUACAGGUAUCCUCUUCUUAUGUCAGGUCAGGAAAGAACAACCAAUGCCUCUCCUCCAGGAAACCUUACAGAGGCAAUUCCAAUCCCCCUUCCAGAAGCAGAAGUGACUCCUUGGGCGUUCUCCCCAUCGGGGGUUGCCUGUCGGCCUUUACUGACUGUUGGGAUGCCAUCGUCAAUGAUGCAUGGAUUCGCCGCACAAUCAGAUUGGGCUUGGCUCUGGAGUUCCUCUCCACUCCCCUGCAGUACUUCAUCACAUGCCAGGCUUCCAAAACCAUCAUCAAAAGAAGGUUGGUGGAAAAGGCCAUUCGGCAUCUCCAGAUUCAGGCCAUCGAGGAGGUGCCUCCCAACCAACUGGGAUGGCGUUUUUACUCCCGUCUCUUUAUACUGCUGAAGUCUUGGUGGGGUAGUUGGAGAGCAAUUCUCGACCUCAAAUUUCUAAACAAAUUUAUAGUAUACCAGAGGUUCAAAAUGCACUCCCUGCAGUCCAUCUUGGAGAGUGUUCGCCCAAACGACCUCCUCUCCUCGGUGGAUCUCAUGGAGGCAUACCACCACAUCCUCAUUUUGGCCGAGCACAGGGAGUUUCUAUGAUUCUCCUACGCCAGGAAUCAUUUCCAGUUUCGGGCGCUCCCGUUCGGCCUGUCAUUGGCCCCAAGGGUCUUCACAAAGGUCCUCGCAGUGAUCGCGGUUCAUCUUUGCUCUCUACCAAUUCGCAUUCUCUGCUACCUAGACGACAUAUUAUUGCUCUCCAGGUCAACAGACCAGGCGAACAGGGACAGUCAGUCCACUCUCCAGACCCUCCAAGAUCACGGGUUCCUGGUAAAUACCAAAAAGAGUCAUCUGACUUCUGCCACUCGCCUCCUCCAUCUGAAGUCUAGGGAGGGUCUUCUUUUCUCCGGAAUGAAGGGUCAAGCAUAUGCAAAUUAGUCUCAGCCACCAGGCGGCAGCACACAGUUCCGUUCCUCCAAUUGUCGCAGCUUCUAGGGAAGAUGGUGUCGAGCUUCCACAUUAUGCCAUGGGCUCACUUCCACAGCCGUCCUCUGCAAUGGUUCCUGCUUCCCUAUCAGAGGUCCAAAAACAGCUUCUCGACAAUCCAGGUACUUCUCACUCCGGAAUUAAGCAGGUCCCUACAGUGAUGGCCCUUCCCGGCUCUGUCUCAGGGCAUUCUCCUCAGGGAACCCCAGAAAAUCGUCCUCACUACUGAUGCAAGUCUCCUGGACUGGGGUGUUCACAUACAAGACCAUGUGGCUCAGGGUAUCUGGUCCCGCUCCGACCUAAAGAACAUUAUAAGCUGGUUGGAACUGCGGGCAGUGUAUCUCACGCUACUCCAUUUCAGGGACAUAGUCACCAAUGCGCACAGACAAUACCACUGCCAUAUAAAGGCGCAUAUAAACAGGCAGAGGGGAAUGUGGUCAAAGGCUCUAAUGACUUUAUCAUUCCAGCUAGUGGCAUGGGCCGCUGUCUCUUCACUCAGAGCAUACAUCAGGCAUACACAACCUUCAGGCAGAUAGUCUCAGCCGCCUGCAGAUAGACCCGGCGGAGUGGAGUCUCCAUCAUGGAAUAUUCAGGCAAGUCACGGACAGGUAUGGCCUACCAAUCUUGGACUUGUUUGCAACACAGGACAACCAUCAACUCCCCAGGUAUUUCACAUGUUACAUGACCCCAGGCACGAAGAGCACGGACCCGCUAAGGUGCAGAUGGCCCCAGGGUCUUCUAUAUGCGUUCCCUCCGAUUCCGCUGAUUCAACACAUAAUUCAAAAGAUGCUGAUGGAGGAGGCAGAGCUGAUCCUUCUAGCUCCCCACUGGCCCGCAGGCCUUGGUUCGCCGACUUGCUCAACCUAUCGGUAGCCCCUCAGUGGCAACUUCCUCAAAUCAGUUCCCUGCUAAUACAAAAGUCCUUCCAGCACCCCACGUCGCCUGGCUUCGUCUCACUGCUUGGAGAUUGAGCAGGAGGCCUUAACAGCAGCCAAUCUCUCGGUUGAGGUAAUCCAAACGAUCCAGGCUUCCAGGCAUUCGUCCAUUAAUCGCAUUUAUGAUGCCCCUUGGACACAAUUCUCUUCCUGGUGUCAGCUACAAAGUAUUGCCCCUUUGCAGGUCUCCAUCCCCAACGUUCUUCAGUUUCUUCAGCUGGGACUUGACAAGGGACUAUCCCCAAACCCGUUCCGUCGGCAGGUGGCGGCUUUGUCCUCAGUUUUGUCCAUGGCUGCAUCUAAGCCGCUCUCACACCAGCCCCUCAUUCGCUGGUUUCUCCGGGACACUACCAAUCUCAAGCCCCCUACUAUGCAUAGAUUUCCCUCCUGGGACAUUACCAAAGUCUUGGACCCCUUGACGGGGUCUCCCUUUGAGCCUCUGCUUUCAGCCUCUUUAUACCAUCUCACGUUAAAGGUUGUUUUUCUUGUCGCAGUCACUAUGGCCAGGCGGGUUUCUGAACUAGCAGCACUAUCAACUAGACAGGACAUACGCAUCUUCCACCCGGACAGAGUUGUUCUCCGCCUGGACCCAACUUUUAUACCUAAGGUAAAUUUGGUGUUUUAUAGAGCACAAGAAUUGGUGCUCCCUGACUUUUGCCCCAAGCCAUCACAUCAGCUGGAACGUAAGUGACAGUCUUGAUGUGCAUCGGGCUUUACGAGUAUACAUCAAACGAACUGCGGAAUUCUGACGUUUGGAGGUUCUCUUUGUCUGAUUCCAACCUGGAGGUAAGAAGGGAGUUUCUUCUACAGACAUUGGAUGUUGGGUUCGCUCAGCAAUUUCAAGACCAUACCUAGCUCUCUCUCUUCUGGUUCCACACCAAAUCACGGCACACUCCACACGCAGCGCUGCCACCUUAGCUGCCUGGUCUUCCCAGGCCCCAUUGGAGGAGAUCUGCAGGGCGGCUACAUGGACCACACCAUCCCCGUUCAUUCGCCACUACAGGCUUGGCAGAUAUACUUCAGCAGAUGCGGCCUUUGGACGGCGAGUAUUGUAGCGGGUGGUGGCCCACCAAGAAUCCUAAGUCCUCACUUUGAGCCCGCCCGUGGGACGGAAUAGACUUUGGCAUGUCCCAUGUCUGGAUGAUGUCUCCGCCUACUGGGAGAAAGGGCAUUGGUUACUUACCUGAUACACCCCUUCUCGGGACGGUGGAGAGAUCAUCCAGCCCCACCCUGUGAGUGUUGUUCGGACUAAUCUUUAUUUUUUCCAUUGACAAGGAGAGAUCACACAUUUUAUCUGAGAUGUGACACAGCAGUCUACCUUUAUUCUUCCUUCGCCUAAGCUGGGAGGAGCUAACAUGGAGGGCGUGACUUAUCAAUUGGUAGACCCAGUCCUAUUGGACACUGGCUGGAAUAACCCAUGUCUGGAUGAUGUCUCCACCGACCUGAGAAGGGGCGUAUCAGGUGAGUAACCAACGCCCAAUCUAGGCUUGACUACUGAUGCCUUAAUUUGAAAUCUGGAUUACUUGAGGAAACAUUGAAUCAGAGUGGAUUCAAAAUCAGUUAAUCUAUCCCAGCAGAGACAGUGUUCCAAAGCAUAGGAGGAGGAUUCCAAAGAGACUCUGCGCCUAUUUAUUCCGUUUAUUUCCUUUCAUCUUUAAUUUCUUGGUCUUCCGGUCAAUAUAUGUCCGCCAAUACCCUCUUGUGGAUCUCUUUUGAAACUUUUUUUGACUUGUUUGCUGUUUGCACAGUAACACACAACCAAGUUAGCUCCUUUUAACCAGAAAAAUAUAUUUUUUUAAAAGCUGUUGGCAUACAAUCAGAAAUGCUCAUAGGUAAAUUGACAGAAUCCCAUUUGUAAACUUGGGAUGAUUAAUUAUACCUAAAUGGGCUAAAGGAACAAAAAAACAAUGACUUUACUAGCAUAUAAAUGCCAACUUUAAACAAAUCUGGUGGAGCAAGCUGCUAUGAGUUAAGUAUUUUUCAUACUGAGCCUCAGAAUGUUUUUAAUGCAUAUUUAAUACUUAAGCAAAAUUACUGGGUUUUUUCCUCUGUUUUGAAACAAAUAAGGCCAUUUUCUAACAGUUUUAGAUUUUGCCAUUUUGGGGUCAUCCACGUCUAUUGCCCUACC